CGACCACAGCAAGCAGAGGCUGAAAAAAGAGCAAAGAGGAAGAAAACAAAAGCUGCCAAUUAUGGAAGAUAGAAAGGGCAAAGAUGAGUGAAAGGCAUUUAAAACACUUACUUGACUUAUUUGAGGGAUUUUGAUAAGGAGCUCAGAAACUAUGGAUUCUGAACUGAAGACAUUUUGUUCCAGAAAUAUACUCAUCAUUCUUGGCUUUUCCUCUAUCAUGGCUGUGAUUGCUUUGAUUGCUGUGGGGCUGACCCAGAACAAACCACUGCCAGAAAAUGUUAAGUAUGGGAUUGUGCUGGAUGCAGGCUCUUCUCACACCAGUUUGUACAUCUAUAAGUGGCCAGCAGAAAAGGAGAAUGACACAGGGGUGGUGCAUCAGAUAGAAGAGUGCAAGGUAAAAGGUCCUGGAAUCUCACAAUAUGCUCAAAAAUUAAAUGACAUUGGCACUUACUUGACUGAAUGCAUGGAAAGAGCCAGACAAGUGAUUCCAGAGUCCAAGCACAAAGAGACACCUGUUUACCUGGGAGCUACGGCAGGCAUGCGGUUACUCAGUAUAGAAAAUGAACAGUUGGCGGACAAGGUCCUGACUAUGGUGACGGAAAGCCUCAGCAGAUACCACUUUGACUUCCAGGGUGCCAGAAUCAUCAGUGGCCAAGAGGAAGGUGCCUAUGGCUGGAUUACUAUCAACUAUCUGUUGGGCAAAUUCACUCAGAAGUUGACUUGGCUCUACCUGAAGCCAAAUGGAGGCGAUGUUCAGGAAACCUAUGGAGCUCUGGACCUUGGGGGAGCCUCUACACAAAUCACUUUUGUGCCCCAAGACAAGAAUAUCGAGUCUCCUAACAAUGCACUACACUUCCGCCUCUAUGGCAAGGACUACAGUGUAUACACGCACAGCUUCUUGUGCUAUGGGAAGGACCAAGCACUCAGGCAGAAACUGGCCAAGGACAUUCAGGGUACAAAUGGAACGCUCAGUGAUCCAUGUUUCCACCCUGGAUACACAACUGUAAUGAAUGUAAGUGACCUUUAUGAGGGCCCCUGCACCAAGAGAUUUGAGAUGAUACUUCCAUUCCAGCAGUUUCAAAUCCAGGGCACUGGUAAUUUUCAGCGAUGCCAGGAAAGCAUCCUUCAACUUUUCAACACCAGUUACUGCCCUUACUCCCACUGUUCCUUCAAUGGGAUAUUCUUGCCACCACUCCAAGGGGAUUUUGGGGCAUUUUCAGCUUAUUAUUAUGUAAUGAACUUUUUAAACUUUACAUCAGAGGAACCCCCGUCCCAGGAAAAGAUGAGAAACACAAUGGAAAACUUCUGCUCUAGGCCUUGGGAACAGAUGAAGAUAUAUUUUGGUGACGUAAAGGAGAAGUACCUGAGGGAAUACUGCUUUUCUGGAGCCUACAUUCUCUCUCUCCUUCUGAGUGGCUAUCAUUUCACAGCUGAUUCCUGGAAGAAUAUUCAUUUCAUGGGCAAGAUCCAGGGCAGCAAUGUUGGAUGGACUUUGGGCUACAUGCUGAACCUGACCAAUAUGAUCCCAGCUGAGGAGCCAUUGUCCAAACCUCUUUCCCAUUCCACCUAUGUUUUCCUCAUGGUCCUCUUCUCCCUGAUCCUGGUCACAGUGGUCAUCAUUGGCUUGUUUAUCUUUCGCAAGCCUUCAUAUUUCUGGAAAGACAUGGUAUAGCAGGAGCAACUGAAAUCUACGGGCUGGAGUGAGAAAAAAACUUGCCAAGAAGCAGUUUCCUCCACAGUGGUGUACGAGGUCAUCCUUCCUUGCUCACCAAAACCAGUCUUGACCAGCAUGAAGUUUCCUUGGCUUUUGCAGAAGCCUUUCUGUGGGAGGUAUUCACCACUUCUGCCUCAAGGAUUUCCUGGUAGACUUUAUCUCUUUUAUGAGCCUUUCCCAAUGCCCCCAUUUACCUUUUGUACUCUGUGCUUGUAUAGAUCUUAAGGACCUGUCACCUUUCAUGUUCUUUGCUUUAUAUAAGAACAAUAUUGACUUUGUCCAGAAGAACUGAGAUUUCUGAGUCCUGUGCUGAGAAGUUGCACUGGCUGAGAGAAGAAUCUCAGGAACUGGUUCAGUUAUGCUCAUACAGACCCUUUUUUCCUCCUGUUUCCCACUUACUACGAAAGCCAUGUAAUAUCUUUGGAGAGGGCAGACAUUCCCAGCCUGCCCUUUACAUAGAAUUUUCUAGAUUAGGCAAAUAUGUGCUAGGACCAAAGUCUUGCAAGGGAAUUUAUGUACUUGUGCAGGUAAUAUAAUAUUUAAUCCAAUUCAAAACAGGGAUGUGGAUGAAUCAGAUAUUCCUGGGUGAGGCCAAAAUGCUACAGAAUGGAACACCCAGAUAUUUUUUUAAAGCUGAUGUACAUAUAGGCAUUCAGAUACUAGGGCAUACUUCAUGGUAGGGAUACAUGUCAGGAGGAAAAAUAUAAUUACAAUGCAGGGUUGUGAAAAUGCAUCUACCAAUGCAUCAAUUAUUGGGGUUUUGUUUUUUUAUUGUAAUAAAAUACACAGAACAUAAAUUCACCAUUUUAACAUGUACAGAUCAGUGGCAUUUAGUACUUUCACAAUGUUGUGUAGCCAUCACCGUAUCUAAUUCCACAAUAUUUUCAUUACCAAGAAUUUGGCUGGAGACAGGACCACCCAUGCCUCAGUAGGCUCAAACCACCAACCUUCAGUUCAUAGCCAAGUAUGCCAACCAACUGCACCACAAAGAUACUCACUAAGUUUUAAAGCCAUGCCAUAUCUUAUUGUCCAAGGGUUUAAUUUAGUUAGAGAAGUGGCAUGCCUUUCACUCUCAUGGUAUUCAUAAAGAUGUGUCAGGAAUCAGAUCUGAAAGUGCUGCACCUCCCAUCAUACAAGAAUAGGCUCUAUUUACUUAUUCAUGGAGUAUUUUGUGGGAGGAGCAACUAUGAACCUUAUCAUGGGAACAUGAAGAGAACCUGUACCUACUUUAAGGCUUGCUGUAAAUUACUUGUUGAGUGAUGAUGUGUUACUCUGGCCUUGUCCCAGGCUCUCCAUCCCUGAAUCUGGGGACUGACUGUUGAGCUCAUACAGGGUGGGGAAUGGGGUGAAGGAAAAGCUCACCUCAAAACUAAAGCCAAAUAUCUCUAUAUUUCUUGAAUAAUCAAGUCAUUUUUGACAACAUCCAGGUGAAUAUAAGCUUAAUAAUGCUGUGGACAGGGACUUUUUCUUUUUUGCUACUCACAAUUCAACUUGUUGUACCUUGAUAAAGAAUGAGAAGCCAAAUUAGGAAUAUUUAAACUCUUUCUAGUGGUAGUUGGUUAUAUUGUUAUCGCUAGUAUUUAUUGAGCAUUUUUUGUGUAUCAUGCUCUGUGCUCACGUGCAAUACAUUCAUUUUCUCAUUUUCCCCUCACAACAAUCUGACAGUAGCUAUUCUACUCUCACUUCAGAAAUUGAGGCUCAGAGAGGUUAAGACAUUUCCCCAUAAGCCUGAGCUAAAACUUGGCAUGCACUUAGCCAUUAUUUUCUCUCUCAAAUAUACUACUCUGAUUCCUUAUAACUUGUAAGCAUGCACUUAAUUAUGCAUAAAUACCGGGCUUAUGGGCAUGGUGGAAAGGCACAUAGAUAGAUGAUGUGUUAACUGAUGGACUGGAGACUUCAUAUUGCUUUAAGUCCAAAAAGGCUGUCAUGGCAACACUGUUAUUUUGUAUACUUUGCAUGGUAACAUAGGUGGCAUACAAGGCUAAUCAAGGAUUCCCAUACUCCUAAUUUCUUAAAUUUAUUGUUUGCUUAUUACUGCACACCAUUUCAAAUAGUUGAUGAUAAUGAUGAAAAUUAAAGGUCGUAUAAAUAGAGCCAAUAGCAACUCCUUUCUUCCUUAUGUGUGCAUAUACAAAAUACUGUCAUGUACAUUAUUCUGAUCCUAAAAAACCCCAUGGGGGGGUGUAAGUAUUAAUUCAAUUUUACAAACAAGGGUCACACAAACUAGUACUUGGCAGGGCUGAUACUCAAACACAUGUCUUCUGCCCUAAGUUUAUUGCUUUUUCUUUUCCCAACACUGCUCCUUGCAAGUUGAAAUUAGAAUUCAUGUUUCCUUCAAUAAACACUAAAAUCUUAUCUUAUCCAUUUCUGUAUUGCUGCCUGGGUAAAAAAAAUAAAAAUCCCUUAAGGUAUUUGGAAGCCAAACUGCCCUUGUUAUAAAUCUCAAAUGAUGGAGAUGAUCAGCAAGCACAACCUAAUCUAAUUUCUGUUGGAGGGAAAAAUGUUUCUGAUGCAAAUUAAGGAAUCUGCUUUGGGCCAUUCUGGAUGAGAAAGGCCAAAAAAUAUCAACUAAUUUUAAUAUUGGAUUGGCCACUGCUUAUAAGUGGUUAUCAUUCCUUCCUAAACCUUCACUCAAACUUGGUUCUAGUGACCCCAUUUCUUUAGAAGGUGGAAACACUUCUCCUGUGAACACAUAGGUGUUAACAAUCGGCAGUGGUAACUUCUGUAGAUAAAAGAAUUAAGUAACUUAAUUAGGCUGUGUGUAUGUAUGUGUAUGUGAGAGAGAGAGAGAGAAAGAAAAGUUUCAUCUUACUCAGUUUUUGAAUUCAUGGGAAAUAUAAAAUGAAAUAUAAAUAAAAGUUUUAAAAAGUA